AUGAUUCAAUUGUUGGCAGGGGAGGUGAAAAGCUCAAUUAUUAGUAGAAUCAAAGAAGCCAAAUAUUUUUCAGUUAUACUUGACUGUACUCCAGAUGUAAGUAAUGAGGAACAUAUGUCUCUUGUAUUAAGAAGUGUCAAUGUUUCGGCUACUCCUAUUGUGGUUGAAGAAUAUUUUCUAGAAUUCUUAAAGGUAUCUGACACAUCAGGUCUUGGAGUGCUUAAUGAACUUCUAACUGCAUUGAAGACUCUUGGACUUGAUGUUAAUGAUAUAAGAGGACAGGGGUAUGACAAUGGAUCCAACAUGAAAGGAAAAAACAACGAGCAUGUGACAGGUCUUACCGUUAAGCCAUUAUCAGAAACUCGUUGGGAAAGUCGUGUGGAGAGUGUUAAAGCAAUAAGGUAUCAAGCUCCAGAAAUAAGAGAAGCUUUGAUUCACUUGGUGAAUGGUAAAGAAGAUGUCAAGACAAAAAGUGAUGUUGAGACUUUAGCAACAUAUAAUCUUCAGAAUUUUGAGUUCUUGUUCGGUAUGAUUAUAUGGUAUGAAUUGUUACAUGCUGUUAACAAUGUCAGCAAAGUUCUGCAAACUGAAGAUAUGCAUGUUGAUACUGCCAUCACAGAAUUGGAACGUCUUCUUUCCUUUCUUCAAAAGUUUAGAGAAACCGGAUUUGAGGAGUCCUUGAUUGAAGCUAAAGAGAUUGCAAGUGAGAUGGGGAUUGAACCGGUAUUCAUGGAAAAACGGACAAUUCACAAAAAGAGACAAUUCACAAAAAGAGACAAUUUGGUGAAAGCUCUAGCGAAGCGGUUUGAGCAAUUUAAGACUUUUGAAGAGAAUUUUGGGCUUUUGUUUGAUUUGGACAAGUUAAGGUCUACAAAUAGAGAUAGUUUGAAGAGUUUUUGUGCUAACCUUACAAAUUUAUUGAAGCAUGGCGAGAUUUCUGAUCUUAAUGAAGAUGAUCUAUAUCAUGACUUACGAAUGUUGAGUGAAGAUUUACCCAAUGAAACAAAAAGAGCUAUUGAUGUGUUGAAUUAUAUAAAAGAAGUUGAUGGCUGUUAUCCAAAUGCUUGGAUUGCUUAUAGGAUUUUGCUAACUAUACCAGUCACAGUUGCAUCUGCAGAAAGAAGUUUUUCAAAGUUGAAAUUGAUCAAAUCUUACCUUCGGUCUACUAUGUCACAAGAGAGAUUGAGUGGUUUGGCUAUGAUAUCUAUUGAAAAAGAUAUUGUUGGAAAACUUGAUUAUGUAAAUUUGAUUAGUACCUUUGCAUCUAAAAAUGCAAGACGAGUCAUAUUUCAGUGA